AGUCGUUAUGUCGGGAAGGGGAAAGGGCGGUAAGGGCCUGGGCAAAGGGGGUGCCAAGCGCCACCGCAAGGUGUUGAGGGACAACAUCCAGGGCAUUACCAAACCGGCGAUUCGGCGCCUUGCUCGGCGUGGAGGCGUCAAGCGGAUCUCCGGCCUCAUCUAUGAGGAGACUCGGGGUGUGCUGAAGGUGUUCUUGGAGAACGUCAUCCGGGACGCAGUCACCUAUACCGAGCACGCCAAACGCAAGACGGUCACUGCCAUGGACGUGGUGUAUGCUCUCAAGCGACAGGGGCGCACCCUGUACGGCUUUGGGGGCUAAGUGGCCUGAACUUCCCCUUCUGCGUGGAUCCAUGCCAACGGCCCUUUUUAGG